ACACAUCACUACCGCAGGUGCAUGGUUGCUGUAGUUGACUGAUUUCCCUUUGCUGACUGGGAGAAAUAACACAUUCCUUUUGGAUGACACGCCGGUCGUUGAAAGGAAGGAGCUUUGCCAGACGGCAUACUUACUUCAAGGUUGACCCUCUGAUGGGACGUCAGUAGAGGAUUGGAGUCGGAGAGUUGUGGUUCACUCUCGCUCUGUCUCAACGUGUUGAUGCUGAUACCACAUUGGAUGUUACUCUUUGACUGGAAGGAAUCAUCAAGAAGUCAAAGCAGGAGCUGCUACUGUGAGUUUUGGGGGUCUGGAAAGUGAAGAUCACCAGACCAGGCAGUUGUCGGUUGAAAGCUAAUGACAGCAGCAGUGAGACCUGAGCGCUGGAACAACAGGCUUUAAUUGCAGCUCCCCGAGCACCGGAACACAUUUACAGCAACGAGAUUGUUGAUUGGCCACCUCGACGUCAUCCUUACAAUGUCUGGGUAGACGUUUCAAUAUGAUCCUCAUCCUCAAUGAUGGGCACGACAGUCGAAUGUUGAGGCCAAAAGUGCGGCGGAUAUUGGCUGUUUCCAGCUAUGUAACGCAUUUCGUCACAACAUGGAGAUAGACCAGUGUCUGCUGGAGUCCCUGCCCAUUGGGCAGCGCCAGCGGGUGGUCAGGAGGAUGCGCUGCGACCAAAUUCGGGCGUAUUACGAGAGGGAAAAGAACCUCCAGCAGCGCCAGCAGGGCGGGGUCAAAGUCCGAGGAGUUCCACCCGGCGACCGCAAGAAACAGCAAGUCCGCUUCAGCGUGGCUGAUGUCUUAAAGGACGCCAUCGUUCGCCACGACGAUAAAGAAGUGCUGCGUCUCCUGAAGGAGGGAGCUGACCCCGACGCCUCCAUUUCCUCUGGGGGUUCAUUGCUACACCUGUGCGCACGUCACGACAACGUGUUCGCGGCAGAGGUCCUGCUGGAGCGAGGCGUGAGCGUCAACCUGCAGGACGAAGACCUGUGGACGGCGCUGCAUGUAGCAUGUGUGUGCGACCACGCUGACAUGGUGCUGCUUUUACUUCUGGCUGGGGUUAAUGUUCUCCUGCAGGACGUCGACGGGCACAUUCCUCUGGACUACGCUUCAGAAGAAAGCGAGAGCCGCUGUAUUCUCCAAAAACACCUGGAGGAAAACGGUGUGGAUGUGUCGUCUGUCCACACCAUGAGGACGCAGAGAUCCACCACCAUGCUAUCUGACGUUAGGCAGCUUGUAGCUGCGGGCGCAGAUCUCAAUCAGCCCAGUGACGACGGGGUCACCUUGCUCCAUAUAGCAUGCGCUAGCGGCUUUGGGGACGUGGCGGCUGUGCUUUUGGACAACGGGGCCGACCCACAUCCUGUGGCCAACAACUUUUGGACCCCUCUUCACUUGGCUGCUAAAUAUGGCAAGGCAAGCAUCGUUAGUCAACUCCUGAGGCAUGGUGCAAACCCGACCCUGUUGAACUGCAACCAAGACAAGCCCUCAGCUAUUGCUGCAUCGGAACACAUAGCCGACCUGCUGCUGAACGGAGAGGCCAUCUGGCUGCAGAGGUUGAAGGACCCUUCUACUCCUCUGCUCUCCAUGGACCUACGCUACAGCGAUGGAUCACAUGACCUCAGUAACCCCGUCAAGAACCUGAACCACCUGGGCCUCCCUAUCUCUAAACGGGACAGUCUCCUGGAGAAGUGGGCCAUGUUCCGAGAGGCGGGCGGGGGGCUCAGUCGGCAGCCGUCACUCGAUAACGUCCUUGAUGGCCCCUUCAGCUCAGGGACAAGCAAACUGGAGCAGGUGAAACUGAUGCCUCCAGCACCCAAUGAUGACCUGGCGUCUCUCAGCGAGCUGACGGACAGCAGCCUCCUCUAUGAGAUGCAGAAGCGCUUCGGCAAUGACCAAAUUUAUACUUACAUCGGACACAUUCUUUUACUGGUCAACCCAAACAAAGAGCUGCCCAUCUACUCCACUUUGGUGAGUCAGCUGUACCUGAGCUCCACGGGCCGCCUGUGCUCCUCACUGCCCCCUCACAUCUUUUCCUCUGCGGAGAGAGCGUACCACAUGAUGCUCCAGGAGCGACGGCCGCAGUGUUUCAUUCUCAGUGGUGAAAGCGGUUCAGGGAAAACGGAAGCCAGUCGGCACAUCGUGCGACACCUGACAGUCAGAUCCAGCCCUAAAGGCUUUGCGCUGGAAUCCAGAAUGAAACAUGUGGACUGUCUUCUGGAGGCUUUUGGUCACGCGAAAACGCAGAGGAACAACAACUCCAGUCGCUUUAUCAAGCUGCUGACCGUGCAAUACUGUGAUAAGAGGAGGACGCUGCGAAGAGCCCGUGUGUCCACUUACAUGCUGGAGAAGUCCCGUGUGGUCCAGCUGCCUCCUCACCAGCGCAGCUUCAACAUCUUCUACCUGAUGGCUGAGGGCAUGUCACCCGAGGAGAAGAGUGCACUUUACCUUAAUAACGUUUUGGCUCACAGGUGUCUAAAUGGAGGCCUUCCAGGAGGGAACCCUUCUGUAGCUGCAGCCUCUCCAGACAGCAGGGAGCGCCUCAGCGCUGUUAAGCAGGCCUUUCAAGCAGUGGGCUUCAACAAGCAGGAAGUGGAUUCCUUGUUUACGCUUCUAUCUGCCGUGCUCCAUAUUGGGGAUCUGCGUUUCUCCGCGCUGACAGAUGCUGAAAGCGCCAUCCCUGCUGACCUGCAGGUUCUGGAGAGAGUGGCUGAGCUGUUGCAGGUGUCUGCAGGUGACCUAAGCACCGCCCUCACCUCGGACGUCCAAUACUUCAAAGGUGACAUCAUCACACGGCGACACACGGUGGAGAUGGCCCAGCAGUACAGAGACCAGCUGGCCAAGGCUAUCUACGGGCGGCUCUUCAGCUACCUUGUCAACUGCAUCAAUGACUACCUGCAAGGACAGAAUGACAGCGUGGGUGACACGUCCUUAGAAAUUGCAAUCCUGGAUAUCUUUGGUUUUGAAGAGUUCCAGAGGAAUUCAUUUGAACAGCUGUGUGUCAACAUGACCAACGAGCGGCUGAGACGCUACGUCUCCGAGGUGCUAUUCCAGCAGGAGCAGGCAGAGUGUCUGCAGGAAGGCGUCGCCAUGGAGACCCCGCCGUCCCCCAGCAACCAGCCAGCUGCUCUGGACUUCUUUCUCCAGAAACCCCAGGGACUGCUGAGUGUGCUGGAUGAGGAGAGCCAGAGUCUGCGACCGACAGAGCAGAACCUGUACAAGAGGCUGUCCGCCCAGCUCGAUUCUAACCCCGCUCACGGCCUCGCCUUCAGCACCAAGGAUGGCAACGGAAACCCCCCACCCAAGGAUCAAGGCCCUACCUUUACUGUCCUCCACUACACUGGACAGAUUGCUUAUGACCUGAGUGGAUCGCUUCUAAAAAACAAGGACUCCCUUCCUCAGAACAUCUUGUUUACCAUGAAGUCGAGCGACAGUGUGAUACUGCAGCAGCUCUUCCGGUCCAAGCUAACCCAGACUGGUUGUCUGGUACAAUCAGCUCAAGGCCGGGUUGGGCUGAGGGGGUCCAAAACUGCUCUGCUUCUGCACGGGACACCACCAGCUGGCGCUAUCAACAUUGCUCCCCAACCACACCGAGGGUACCAUGAAGUGAGCAAGAUGUUAAAGAAGAAAGGCUCCGGCUCCUUCAUCCAGCGACUAGAACGAUGCGGGCCCAUCACAGUGGCAGCCCAGCUGAGGAACUCGCUGUCGGAAGUGAUCGGUAAGCUGCAGGCUUCCACGGCCCACUUUGUGGAGUGCGUGCGUCCCAACGCCAGCGGUCAGCCCGAUGCCUUCGACAGCUCCCAUGUGUCCGCCCAGCUGCGGCACGUCGGAGUGCUUGACAUGGUGCGCACCAUCCGUUAUGGAUAUCCCGUACGCCUGUCCUUUCCUGGCUUCAUCAGCAGAUACAGAGAUCUUGUCGUCCCGACGCUGGCAGACAAGAAGAAGCUAUCUGCGGGGGAGACGUGUCACUCCGUGCUGCAGCAGACCAAACUCCAGGGAUGGCAGGUGGGCAGCAGUAAAGUCUUCCUCAGAUACUGGCAGGCGGACCAGCUCAACGACCGCUGCUACCAGCUUCAUAAAAAGAUCAUCACCUGUCAGAAAGUGGUGCGUGGCUGGCUCGCUAGGCGGCUCGUAGAUCGGCGUACGUUGUUGUCGCAGCAGAAAGACGGCGAGUGUGGCGUGCAGCGCUUCCUGCAGGGGGCGGAGGACAUGGGCCUGCGCACCUACGACCGCCUGGUCAUCCAGAACGCGUCAGACAUAGCGCGGGAGAGCGAUCGCCUGCGCUGCCAUGGCAACAGCGGCUUACAACACGCCUCUCUCAGCAGCAGCCCGCCACUCGGGGAAAGGCCCGACCCGGUAGGCAAGGAGGAGGACCAACCUGUUAAAAGGGGUUUGGAAAAAGCUAUCAACGGGGGAAGCCGGGUCAUCCGCCACUUUCGAUCAAGUUCGGUACCUGUCCCCCUCGCCCUGGACAACACCAUUCCGGUCAUCAAACCGCCGCUGCAGCAAGUGGCGGACAGCACCAGCGAGGGCGCUGCUUCCUCUCCACGUAAGCAACCUCCCCCGAAGCCAAAGAGGGACCCCAACACCCGCCUGAGUGCAUCGUACGAGGCAGUUAGUGCAGGGCUGGUGAUGGCGGCUAAAGAGAGCCCCACUCCGGAAGGCUACGCUUCACCAGCUGAGAGCCCCCCGAAGUCCCAGCUGUCCCCUACAGACCCUGCAGGGUUAUCCAAACCCCGCCCCCACAGCGACGACUACACCACCAUGAGGAAGGUGCCCCCGCCCAAGCCCAAGCGCAGCCCCAACACAAAGCUGACAGGCUCGUAUGAGGAGAUAAACGCCGCCACGCCCCUCCUCCAACAGCUGCGUCCUGCUGAUGUCAAGAUGGCACUGCUGUCGCGAGCUGGAGGCCUCAUGCAGAAGGCAGCCUCCCUGGAUGCUCCUCAGGGCUUAGGGCUGAGGCUCUACCAGGGCCACGAUGAGGAGGACGUCUAUAUCGAGAUGCUGGGCUCUCGGAGCCUCCAGGAGCCGCCCGACAGCCCGGAGGAGGCGGAGUCAGAAGCAGUGUACGAGGAGAUGACGUUCUUUCCUCCUGAUGAUGCUGCGCCGCCAGCCUCUGCAACCAAGGCGGCGAGACUGGAGGCUCUCAGCUUGGGCCUCCUGACAAGCAACACGUGUCCUCCUCAGAGUGGGGAGAGCAAGCGCGUGUCCGCGGGGGCGACGGCAGCAUUCGAAGUCGCUCACCCUCAGACGGCAUCCAGGAGCCAGUUUGGAAAAGAUUGUGACAUCCCAGCCCCCUUUCCCAACUUGCUCCCGCACCGACCGCCUCUAUUGGUGUUUCCGCCCUCCCCCGUCACCUGCUCCCCUGCGUCCGAUGAGUCCCCCCUCACUCCUCUGGAGGUGAAGAAGCUGCCGGUGUUUGAGACCAACCUGAACUAUUCCGCCACUCCAGACAGCCCGCUGUCGCCUCAGUAUGUGCGCCAGCGGGCUGACUCAUCCCCGAGCCUCACUGUCCUCAUGCCAGAGAAGAAGAGCACACCUCCUCUCACGCCUCCACUUCCUCUUUCUACCACCAACAUCCCACCUCCUCCAUACAGACCACCAUCCCACUUCCCUUUUCCGCCUGAAGCCAGCUUUCUGGCUCUGACCCGGACCGGUUCUGUCACCGGGACUCAGUCGGACUCCUCCAAGGCACAAAGACCCAAUGUGGAGCCACUGGGGAAGCCGCCCCCUUACUCCCCGGGGAAGAUGUCCCGUCCUGAGCCCCGUAGAGCGCAUUCCUGCUCCUCCUCUCCACUGCUGUUCAACCCAGCCAAUGGCAGACCCCUGACCAGCCCCCUGGAUGAGCUCAACACCUUGUUCAGCACCGGGCGCAGCUUGCUGAGGAAGUCCUCCACGGGACGCAAGAUGCGAGAUGGAGGGUUCAACUCCAACAUCAAUUUACCUGGCCGGGAAGAGUGCGGCUCAGCCCCGUCCUCGCCGUCGCUGCAGCUCCAGGACAAGAACGCCAACAAUCACUCGGUUCACUCCUCGAGCCCCGCCCCUAUUGAGAACGGCAACCAGAUCACCAACGGGUCACUGGAGGACGAGGUGCACGUCAAAUCAAACAUGUCCAGCUCCUCUCUGCACAGGCACAUGGACAGUCACCACACACAGGCGUUCCAGAGGCUCCGUCUUUCCAACGGGGACGCGGGCACCACCACGAUGCGGGAGCUUCUGCGCUGGCGGCACGCGCAGUGUGAGGGGCGAGGCCACUGGAAGCAGCGCCCACCUCCCACGCUGCUCUGGUCCAGCAGGAAGACUUCCUCGUGACCUUAGGGUGUGUUUCAAGCUACGUGAACCUCAGAUCUUCUGUCUCAUGGUCGCAGACCUCAUGGCGCCUGACAGUCGCCUGUGACUCCAAGGGACGCCACAACCCUGCCAGUUAUGAAGCACUUUGUGACUGUAAAUAAACGCAUGGAAAGCAACUCCCAGGGACAUCAUGUAAAUGAAUAUUUAUUUAAGAGGAUGACUUAGCGCGGUUAGACAACAAAGUCAGGUUCCAAGGUCUAGAAGAAGAGAGAGAACUCCAUCCUAAAAGCUGGUGCUGAUUUCACUUGAUGUGCUUUCCUGCAACAGACGUUUCCAAGUCAACCAACCUCUUCAAACACUCCAGCUACCAGAAACUUUCCAGGUAAACAGCUCCAACACCAAGGUUCUCCGUACCCCAGUAACGUCCCAUGGUGCAUUCCUCUUGUCUCCUGUUGACUCCAGCCUUCGACGGAGACAUCUGGACACAAGUUACCACACUUUUACCAACAUCAGCACACAUCCAACAAAAAACACAUGCCCCGGCUACCAGAAACUUUUCCAGGUACUCCGACAACACCACCUUCGUUUGUUCUGCAUCCUCAGACACAAAACAACAACAGAUCAGGCCAAACUCCGGACUAUCCAGUUCCAACACACGCUCCAGGUACCUGAAGCUUUUCAGGUACACAGGUGGUAGACCGACGCUCUGGAUACUUCAUCAGCAACAAAACCACCACAGCACAGCACCCUCAGUAACACCCCCAGGUGCAUUUCUCUUCCCAUACCUUACUGCUGCCGCCAGCCUUUGGAGAAGACCUCUGGAUGGAAACUGCUGCUCUUAACUUUCUGGUGAAACGGAGAUCCAACAAAAAACCCAACCACCAGGUACCAGAAACGUUUCAGGUACAAAACAGCCACAGAUCUGACCUUCCUCAGCAACAUCCCAAAGUGCGUUCCCCUUGAAUCCUGUGGCCAACAGCCUUGAACGAAACCUUCUGCAAGGAAACGACCACACUGACCUUUCUUGUAAAAUGGAAAUGACGCCAAAAAAAAAAAAGGUCCAGGUACGCGGAACUCUUCAGGUACACAAAUGCUGGACUGACGCUAUGGGAACUUCUACUGACUCCGCCUUUAAAAAAGACUUCUGGACGCAAACUACUGCACUUACUUUGUUGGUGAUCCAACCAAAAACAGCUACAAACAUGAAGCUGUCCAUAUGAAACCUGUGCCAAAGCGUCACAACCCCGACCGUUCUACGUCCUCGUGUCCUCGUGUCCUCCUGAAAUGACCUGAUCAAAGCUGCUCCCGUGGCUCAUUGAGUUCCUUCAAAGUGCAAGAUGGAACGUGCAGGUGACCUCAGUGUUUGUACAGAAUCCUCUACCGUUGGUGUGUGUGGACAUGCCCCCACUGCCCGAGUGUCUCUCGACGCCUAGACCCCUACCCCCCAUCCUUUGGUGUUCGACCUCUCAAUGGCGAGAAGCAGCUGUCCGGGUGUUUCCGCGGUAACUGCUGUGUAAAUAGUGACUGCUGAAUUGACACUGUCUGAGAUCGGAGAAUGUCUUGGGGUCGAUGCAAUGACAGAGAAGGUUAUUUUCAAAUGUCAAUACCUUCUUUUUAUUCAAGAUUGUCAGUGGAUAGGAAAUCUUUAUACUCUACAGUAUUUCAUAAGUAAUACUUCAUCCCUCCCUUCUUCUGCUCCAACUGCAUUGUUUUUGGACGUGUCUGUUUCUGUGGUGUGUUGCCGAGCGGCGUAACGGACCUGGCGUGUCCUGACCAGCCGGCCAUUUGCCCAGAAUUGUUAGAGCAGCAGAGUAUCAAUAGCGCUAAUUGAUUUCUCUUUCCCACCACUGAUCACUCCCAAUGUGUCUGAUUGAUUCUGCCUUACCAGUUGACAGCAUCACAGGAUUGAUCGCGACGCAUUCAUAUUCUACCAGGAAUCAGCGUGUUCUCCUGCUGCUCUUCACUCGUGCUUGGUGUUCUUUGGCGGACUGAGUGGUAGAAGUCUUAAAGGUCCUACUGUAUAUCACACUGUACUUUUUAAAAAACUAUUUUAAGUAAGUGUCAGAGGUCCAUCACCUUCAGCUUCUUGGGGGUUUGUUUGGGCUGGCCGCUUUCCCGAGGGGAGCGAUCAUGCUGUGCCUCGGAAUGUAACCGUUCCCUCAAAGAACCGCAGCUCCCCAGUGCCUGUAGCACUCAUGCAGCCCCAGACGCGGCGCUACCACCACCAUGCUUGACUGUUGUGCUGCCAACUGUACAGACCGGGGGUGUCCAGACCUUUUCCACUUAGGGGCUUCAACUGAAAAGUGAAAGGUCGCAGGGGCCACUUGGAUGUUGUGUAAAGCAACACAUGGACCGUAGAUACUGUGUGGUUUUAUUUGAUAUGUUUCAACAAAGAACUGCCCCUCAGCUUUAUGAUGCAUUAUUAGUGUCAGCGUUGGUCUUUACUCUGUUUUUCCCAUUUUUGCAGUUUUUUUAUUUUUCAUUUUCCAAAUAUGACAACUUCAUUUAGUUUUGUUUCUCGUAUAUUUUUUUUGUUUACAUAACGUAUCAAUUCUUUAAUAUUUCAAGUCUACGCUGCUGAAGUGACAUAUUUCCUCAUAACAUUGUGGGAAGAUUUCUCGUGAAAUUGCAGCUGUUUUUUUUUCAUUUCUGCCGUUUUUCAACUUUCUUCUCCCAAUUAGGACUUUAUUUUAUAUUUUAAUAUUUUGACUUGAUUCUCGUAACUUUUUCCGCAACUGAAUUUUCCAAAAAUUACAACUUUAUUUGUUGUUUUGUUUCUCAUAUUACAACCUUUUUAGAAAAAAAAAUGUCUUUAUUAUCUCAACAUUAUGCUACAAAAAUGAUGUUAUUUUUUUCCUCAUAAUAUUUCAACUUAAUUUUUGUAAAAUUCAGACUUUUUCUUGUUGAAUGGCAACUUUUAUUUUCUUAAUAUUUUGACUUUAUUCUUGUAGAAUCACAGCUGAUUUUUGCAUUUUUGCUGUCGUUUUUCAAUAAUGUUCUUCUGAAAGUAUAUUUUUAGAAUGUGCCGCGGCCACUUUGGACACCCCUGACUUAGACAGGAACUGCUGCGUGUUGAAUCCUUUUCAACAGAUAGUCAAUCUAUACAAGCUGUACGCUGACUACUCUAAAGUGAAUCCAAGUCUCCUCCUUGAGAAGACGAUAGAUGGCCGCAUGACACCAAACCGUGCGGCUUGGUGGACAAAUGAAGCAUUCCUCGCGUCAUCCUAAGCAACAAUUGGGUCAGUCAUGGGUUUUGUUUCAGUGUCCGGAUUUUUUCAAGAACAACCCACAUUAGGAGGUAAUGUUCCAGACGUCGUACAUGACGGACUGCUUCCCAUCACACUGUGCAUCACCGUGUCAUGCCUCGUCAUCCAUCUACAAACACCUACCCCCCUCCCUCCCUCCUCCCGAGACGCAUCACACAACACAACAUUUGUGUGUCCAGGGCUGAGUGUGCCGUAUGAUACGGUAUGUUGUUGUUGUGCAUCAGCCUAUCGGUGCUGUGCUCUCUGGUGCUCCACGCAGCGCCCCAGUGACUAGCAUAUUGUCCCCACAAAGUCCAUGUUCGCUAUUAUUUUAUGAAAAGGGAACUCUCGCUGCCUUUUUUUGGUUUUGUAGAUACUAUACAGCUUAUCUUGCAUUCAUGUGUUUGUGCAAAAAGAAGAAAAGAGAUUGUAUGUGAGAUGUCAUGAUGUUUUCUAAGUACUGUACCUGUACAGCAAUAAAGCACAGCCGUGUCAGUGCUAACCUGC